AUGGCGAGAAUCAAAUCUAUGGAAUACUUUCGCGUCCCGCCCCGCUGGCUGUUCGUAAAAGUCACUGACGAGGAUGGAAAUGUCGGCUGGGGUGAGGCCUCGCUGGAGGGACAUACACAGGCGGUCGAGGGAUGCUUAGAUGCGUGGUUCGACAAGUUCAAAGGCCACGAUGCUGAUGACAUUGAGCACAUCUGGCAAAUGGCAUGGCGGACUGGAUUUUAUCGAGGUGGACCAGUCUUUAUGAGUGCGCUCUCUGGAAUCGACAUUGCACUAUGGGAUUUAAAAGGCAAGAAACUCGGUGUCCCGAUAUAUCAGCUCCUUGGAGGCAAAGUGAGGCACAAGCUCAAAGUGUAUGCCUGGAUUGGAGGUGACCGCCCAGAUGAGGUGGAACAGCAAGCCCUAGCUCGCAAAGAGCAAGGAUUCCAUGCAGUCAAGAUGAACGGCACAGGAGACGUUUGCUGGCUCGACUCACCAUCAGUGCUUGACGAUGUAGUGCGAAGGAUAAAGGUCGUCAAAAACCUUGGAAUGGAUGCUGCAGUCGAUUUCCACGGCCGUGUCCACAAACCCAUGGCAAAGCAGCUUGCCACUCUCCUCCAGCCGCAUCGACCACUUUUCAUCGAGGAGCCAUUGCUGCCCGAGAACUUGGGCGGCAUCAAGGAGCUGUCGCAGCUCACGAGUGUCCCAAUUGCCCUCGGUGAGCGACUGUACAGCCGAUGGGACGUUCGUCCGUAUUUGGAGGCAGGCUGUGUGGACGUGCUGCAGCCCGAUAUCUGCCACGUCGGUGGUAUAUCUGAGCUGAGACGCAUCGCAUCAAUGGCUGAAACAUACGACGUUGCUUUGGCUCCUCACUGCCCAUUGGGUCCAAUUGCCUUGGCCGCAAACGUGCAAGUCGAUGCUGUGUCGUCCAAUUUCGCUAUCCAGGAAAUGAGCAUAGGCAUCCACUACAACAACACAGGGCAGGAUAUCGAGACAUAUAUCAAGAACCCAGAAAUAUGGAAAGUUGAAGACGGCUACAUCAACGUGAUUUCAGGCCCAGGUUUGGGAAUUGAAGUCGAUGAGGACAUGGUCCGCAAGCUGUCCAAGGACUGCCUGCCGUGGGAGUCUCCCUCGUUCAGAGGACCGGACGGUGAAAUCAGAGAGUGGUAA